GCAACAGGGACAGAAUGAGGCCAAAGGUUGACCUAGCCAGGAUAUUUCGUAAACUGGCUUGAACGGCGCGCAAGCACUCAUUAAUGGAGCCAGUUAACAGAUAAGCUCUUGGGGACGACUAGUUCGCUUCUGAGGACACCCAACCGUGGCAACGAGCCAGAAGACACGUUUCCAUGCAGUGACGUCAGAGGCGAGCCUCCAGACGGUGGGAUGGACUGCGACCCAAAAAGAGUACUUAAGCAAGGAAGCUGCUUUCUGGAAGACCAGAGGUUUGGGACAGAGCUUGUUCCUAAGCAACACCUUACUGCUUGAAAGAACCUGCGAAAUCCUCUCCGAGCCUGAGAACAGACGCAGCUCCGAAAAGGUGCUUCUUGAUCAUGAGGAAGGGCUGUAAAAGUUGAAGAGCACCUGCAUUGAAUGCAGAAGAUCUCAACCUGUUGGGAGUGACUGACUGCCUGAAACCCUGCCCCCUUCCAGCUUGCAAUUCCUAUUACGGACCCCCAACCCCGAGCCUUGUCCUUGCAAAGAACAGGCGAUGCCAUCCCAGCCGCAGGCACAGAGGAGCGCCACCCCAAAGUUCGUCCAGGGAGACCCAAAGAGCCUGGCGCCAGAUGUGAGGGACUUCGUUGAAAGCAACGCUGAGCUCUGCCAGCCGGAAGCUGUCCACAUCUGCGAUGGCUCAGAGCAUGAGAACAAAAGGAUCUUGGAGCUCAUGGUAGAGGAAGGCAUGAUUAAGAAGCUUGGCAAAUAUGAGAAUUGUUUUUUGGCUCGUACAGAUCCGAGGGACGUGGCCAGAAUCGAAAGCAAAACUGUCAUCGUCACUCAGGAGCAGCGAGACACCAUCCCGAUCCCGAAGAGUGGGGCGAGCCAGCUGGGAAGCUGGAUGUCUGAAGAGGACUUUGAGAAAGCCUUCAGCGUCCGAUUCCCUGGGUGCAUGAAAGGGCGCACCAUGUAUGUCAUCCCUUUCAGCAUGGGGCCCAUUGGUUCCCCUAUAUCCAAGUUUGGGAUUGAGCUGACAGAUUCUCCUUAUGUGGUGGCCAGCAUGAGGAUCAUGACUCGGAUGGGGACAUCUGUCCUAGAGGCCCUGGGCAACGGGGAAUUUGUGAAAUGCCUCCAUUCAGUUGGGUGCCCUUUGCCAUUGAAAAAGCCUCUGGUAAAUAACUGGCCCUGUAACCCAGAUCUGACUCUGAUUGCUCACAUCCCGGAUCACAGAGAGAUCAUUUCCUUUGGAAGCGGCUAUGGAGGAAAUUCCCUCCUGGGAAAGAAGUGCUUUGCUCUCCGGAUCGCCAGCAGGAUCGCCAAGGAAGAGGGCUGGCUUGCCGAACACAUGCUGAUAUUGGGUAUCACAAAUCCGGAAGGUGAAAAGAAAUAUUUUGCUGCAGCCUUCCCAAGUGCAUGUGGAAAAACCAACUUGGCCAUGAUGAACCCAACUCUGCCAGGGUGGAAAAUCGAGUGUGUUGGGGAUGAUAUUGCUUGGAUGAAAUUUGAUGACCAAGGUAACCUCAGAGCCAUCAAUCCAGAGAAUGGCUUCUUCGGAGUGGCUCCUGGGACGUCACUGAAAACAAACCCCAACGCUAUGAAGACCAUACGGAAGAACACCAUCUUUACCAAUGUGGGAGAAACCAGUGACGGAGGCGUGUACUGGGAAGGCAUGGAAAAGCAGUUUGCGCCCGGGGUGACGCUCACUUCGUGGAAGAACAAGGAAUGGACAGCCAAGAGCGGGGAACCUUGUUCCCACCCCAAUUCCCGGUUCUGCUCUCCUGCCAACCAGUGCCCCAUAAUCGACCCUGCCUGGGAGGCUCCAGAAGGAGUGCCGAUCGAGGGGAUCAUAUUUGGAGGACGGAGACCUGAAGGUGUUCCUCUGGUCUACGAGGCCCUUAACUGGCAGCACGGAGUAUUCGUAGGUGCAACGAUGAGAUCAGAAGCAACAGCUGCCGCUGAACAUAAAGGCAAGAUCAUCAUGCACGACCCCUUUGCCAUGCGGCCUUUCUUUGGCUACAACUUUGGCCAGUACCUCUCCCAUUGGCUCAGUAUGGCGCACCGGCCUGCUGCAAAACUGCCCAAGAUCUUCCACGUCAACUGGUUCCGGAAAGACAAGCAAGGGCGGUUCCUAUGGCCUGGCUUCGGCGAGAACUGCCGUGUGCUGCAGUGGAUGUUCAACCGAAUUCGGGGAGAUGCGAGUGCGCAGCUGACGGCCAUUGGCUACGUCCCUGAUGACACGGGCUUGAACUUGAAAGGCUUGGAAGAUGUCAACACACAGGAACUGUUUGCCCUUUCCAGAGACUUCUGGGAAAAGGAGGUGGAAGAAAUCAAGAAGUAUUUUGAAGAGCAAGUCAAUGCUGACCUCCCCUACGAGAUGGAAAGAGAAGUUAUUGCUCUGGAGCAGAGAAUAAAGCAGCUGUAACUGA